AUGACCGACGAGACGGUGAAGAGGGGCGAGUCGUGGAUGGCGCUGUUCGCGUUGCUCUCUAUGAGCACGUACCUGCGACCGAGCAGCGUGCUGGCUUUGGGCCCGGGGAGCUUUCUGGCGCUCAAGGGCCCCUGGGGUUGUUGGAGUCCUUUCGUGCAGCCGGCCGAGCGCGGGGCGCCCGACAAUAUAGGGGAGUGCGACCACUCGAUGCUCGUGGACAGCGCCUGGCUGCAGCUCAUCUUGCCUCUCCUGUCUUCCUUGACCAGUCAGACAGGCCGGGGGGCGGUCUGGGUGUUCGCGUGCUGGGGCCAUCUGAAGGUGUUCGCGGAGUGCGCGAAGAUGGAGGUGCCUCAGCGAAGUGAAACAGCGAGGGGGGUGGAAUGCCGUGCCGACAGCAGCGCGGUGAGAUGCGAGAAGCAUGCUCGACUCCGACACGGCGAGCUGCGGUGCCCGGAGGGUCUGGCACUUCGCCUUCGAACGUGCGAACGACAGCUGGAGGGUAUUAUCCUACAUGGCAAGGCGGUAAUACGUUGCAGCUGGAUAUGGCGCGGGGGCGAUGGUGCAUCGAUGUCCUCUGUGGGGCGGGAGGAGUUGCCGGAUCGCUCCGAGCAGAGGGCUUUCCUUGCGUGGAUCUGGAGAUCAAGAAGGGUUUCGACAUUUAGCGUCGAUUGUCUCUGCUGA